GGGGCCGAGCCGAGUGGCUUCGGACAGCGGUCUCGGCGCUUGCGGCCCCAGGCCCCCGCCCCCGCGGCCCGGGAGGCUGCUUACGUCAAGGAGGCGAAACCCAGAAGAAGAAGAACAGGGGGAAAAAAAAAAGGCACGAGGGCGGAAGGGGAAAAACUUUAUUUCUUUUUCUCCUCCAGGCACCGAAGCGAGGGGCAGGCGACUGCGACAGCGCGCGCUUCCGAGAGAGCUCCAGGCGCCACCUCCGCCUGCCGAGGCGCACAGGAGCCGGGCCCGGGAGGCCCGACGGCGCGGCCGGGAUGUGGGACCCGCAGGAGUUCGAACGCCACUGGCAGGCCGAGUUCCCCGGGGAGGAGGCUCCGGUCAUGAGGCUGGAGUCGGUGCCGGACAUGGAGCGCGAGCUCGAGCGUUGCAAACUCAACCUGAAGCGCCUGCAACAGGUGUUGGCUGAGGAGAAGUUCAAAGUCUGGUACCUGCAGGCGGCCCUGGCUGGGGAGAAGAUGGACCUACCGGGCGGCCGGCCGGAGGGCGGGGACGCCGGAGGCGGCGGAGACGGCGGCGGCCGCAGCGGCGGCGGCAGCGGGGGAGCCUCCGUGGAGGAGCAGGAGCCAGCUGGGCCCUUGCGCGCGCCGCCACCGCGCGAGGAGGAGGAGGAGGGUGCAGCGGGCCGCGACCCCGAUUCCCCAGGCCCCGCGCACCCCGGUCCGGAGGUGGCGACAACAGCCGAGCCAUCCCCCUACGUGUGCCUGGACCUUCCUGCCUGGCCCGGCGCGGUGGAGGGAGGAGGCGCCGUGCGCAGCCUGACUGCCGCCAUCCACCAGCAGCUGGUGCAGCCUCGUCUGCUCUUCGGGCUCCGGGAGGACUGUGCGUCCCCCGGCCACGAUGGCACCGGGUCCUCCGCACCCGCAGAGGAGCAGUCCUCCGGGACCCGUGCAGGGCGGGGCUCGGAGGAGGGCGAACCGGACGCUUCAGGUGGGGAUGAUGGAGGCGAGGGCAGUGACCACGACUUCGAGAUGGUGGAUUUGAAUGAGAAAUUCGUCCUCGGCCAUCUACUUGUGGCCCCCUACCGGUUUGGGACCCGCGACGAGGCCGAGAAGCCGGCGCGGCCGUGCAGCCCCCACCGCUGGAUGCACCUGAUCCCCGGAGGCUGGCGGCACCACCGGCGGAGUCGAGACCUGGAGCAGCUGGAGGCGGAGGAUGAGCCCCCCAAGCGCGGGGCGCGGGAGCAUCUCGCCCAGUGGGGGCGCAAGAGGUUCCUGCGCGUGCCGGACCGAGACUCGCCCAGCCACAGCUCGCCCGAGAGAGGCAGUGACUGCAGCCACAACAGCUCAGACCACGAAGACGGCUUCUCUGGAGGUAGGCGUACCCCCAUCUCUAGGUACAAGAGCGUGCCAAGUGAAUCUGGGGUUCGGGUGAGUUUACGAAAAUGA